AUGAGCAUAACCAGUGACGAAGUGAAUUUCUUGGUGUAUCGCUAUCUCCAGGAAUCGGAAAACAGGGUUUACAGGAGUAGCCCUUCUGUUGUUUCACGUUUUAAUGGCAAUGCUCUGCACGUCACAUUGUACUCAGCAAUAAACGAGCAAAGGAUUCGAAAUCUCCUCCCUGGUUUCUCCCACUCGGCCUUCACCUUCGGUAUCGAGAGCCACAUCAGCCAGUCCAACAUCAACGGAACACUAGUGCCACCUGCCGCACUCAUCUCCAUCCUCCAGAAGGGGCUACAGUAUGUGGAGGCCGAGAUCAGCAUCAACGAAGAUGGUACAGUAUUUGACGGCAGGCCAAUAGAAUCACUGUCUCUGAUAGACGCGGUGAUGCCUGAUGUUGUACAGACCCGGCAGCAAGCAUUCAGAGAGAAACUAGCUCAGCAACAAGCCAGCGCAGCGGCGGCAGCG